AUGAGUACAAUUCAGGUAUUGAUAGGUGAUAUUAACAGUCUCUUAUCAGAUUCCAAAAGGAGAUUCUCAGAAAUACGCAAUGGGUGUGAAACAGCCGUUAAACAUUUACAGAAUUAUAAUCAAACCAUGCCGAUUCAAAAUAUCAAGAAUGAACUCGAUAAACAAAUAAUCAUUAAACCAUUUAUUCUUGCAUGUAAAUCGGGGAAUAUAAAACUUACCAACACUGCCACUCCAGUGAUUUAUAAAUUAAUAUUGGCACACGCUAUUCCAGAAGAAAACAUUCCCGAGUUGUUGCAAGCUUUAUUAGAAGCUUCAAAUCUUGCAAUUGAUAUUCAGUUAAGAAUUUUACAAUGUUUACCUGCUUUUAUGCAAGUUUACACAUUCACUGGUUCAAAUUUAUUGGAUUUAUUAUCAAUUUGUUCGAGCUUAACUGCUAAUAACAAAUCCCCAAUUGUGAGCAAUGCAGCAUCUGCAACAUUACAACAGUUAUUUACUAAUAUUUACGAUAGUAUUGGAGUACCACAAGUACCAGAAUCCGAGAGAACAAACGAAAUCACAAUAGAUGAUGAUGUUACUAUCAAAGUUGAUAAUCCAUCAUUUGAAGGGUACAGAAUUUUCUUAGAUUUAUGCCAUUUACUCGAUAGUGAAAGCCCAGAAUUUUUAACUGAAUCAAUUCAUAUUAAAUUCCUUUCCCUUCUUGAAAUUAUCGAAAAUAUAAUCCACGGCCAUCAAAAAUUGUUUCAGGAUCAUCAAGAAUUGGCAUUUUUAUUAAGAACAAAAGUUUUCCCCACAUUAUUGAAGUUCUUGAAUUCGACCACAAAGAGUUUUCCAUUAAUUGAUAGAACUAUGAGAAUCAUACACGUGUUAUUGGCAACGCAAUUACAGAAUUUGACAAUUGAAGGUGAAAUUGCGUUGUCGUAUUUUAGUCAUUUAUUGUUGGAUGAUCCAGAAUCGGCGUCAAACGAUCCAGUGUGGGAAAAAGUCAUCGUCCUUGAAAUGUUCAAGAAUCUUUUCAGCGAUUUCCUGGUUAUAAGAACAAUUUUUGAAAAAUAUGAUUAUAGCAAAGGGAAUAAGAAUGUAUUGAAGGAAUUAUUUACUGUGUUUACUGUUUAUCUUCAGAAGAACGAUCAUUUAGUUAAGGAUGUGGUUGAACCUAUGUCAAGGGCUCCUUCUUCUGGUGACGGGUCUAUUUCAGGUUUAUACUUGUCACGAACUAAAUCUAAUAUCAAGCCUCUGAUUUUAGAUCAUUUGGAUAAAACCAAUCCACCAACCGAGAUCCCAGCUACUUAUCCGAUAUAUUUGAUUUAUCAAAUAGUUGUUUCAUUUGCUGAAGGUGUUGCCCUGUUUGUAUAUAAUGUCUAUGAUGAAACCAAAGAUGCUGCUACAUUGGAAGCGGAUAUUGAGCUUGCCAAUUCAUUAGUUAAAGAAUCGACCGUCGAUGUCAGUUUGUUAUAUGAAAUGUAUAUAUACAGUUCCAUGGAUGAUGAGACAUUCCUUACAUUAAUCAAAUCAUUUCAAAAGUUGACACAUGCGACUGGAUUGUUAGGGUUGACUGCAGAAAGAGAUCGUUUAUUAUUGAUUUUAUCAAAGGCUACUAUUAAAAAUGUUGGUAAAACAGAUAAUAUCCCUCAUCCAGAAACCUCGCUUUUGCAAGGACAAAAGAAACAGCUAUUGGCAUUUGGAGAACAAUUGGUUGAAUCGAUAAGUUCUACCAUAACUGGUGAAGAAACUAAUCAGAAUAGUAACUCUCAUACUUCCGCGCCAGUUUUACACUCCCGUUAUUUCAAUUCUCGUCAUGUUGUUUGUCUUCGCGUGUUGAGUAGUAUUGCCAUGACUUUAAAAUCUACCUUACAGGAGUCUUGGAGUAUUGUAUGGAUAACAUUUCAAUGGUGUAAUUAUUUUCUUGAGGGACCUGAUCAAUUUAGUGGAUUUAGUAACCAUAAAUCUUAUCAAAAUUUUACAAAAUCUAUGUUGCCACAAAUCAGCGCCCAAGAUGUUGAAACCAUCAAUAAUUCAAAAAAUAGAUUAUAUGAAAGUUUGGGUGAUAGUCUGGUGGAUGUGUUUAGAAUUUUACUUGGAUCUUUAACUGAAUUAUCUGAUUGCGCUUUUAAAGGAAUUGAAGGUAAAACCGAAUUACCCGUGGCACUAUACAACAAGACAUACUUUUUAAAUGAACUUGUACAUAUUUGUGAUGUUGAUAAAAAUCAAUGGUUGAUCAAUGAUGAUGAAUCUUGGGAUAUUGUUAGUUCAUAUUUUAUUAAAUUAGGUUCUGAUAGAAAUUUGGCAUUUAAUUUAAGGGGAUAUAUUGUUGAGACAUACACCAAAGUUAUUGAAUUCACAGCAGUUGCUGGGUUUAAGGAAGAUUCGUUGGUUAAUAAAACAUCACAACGAACUUUGAAUGGAUUGAAUAGAUUUCUUGAUUCGUUGAUUGAAAUGGGUGUGCCACAAGAGUUGUUGAUCAUUAAUUGUGAAACAGAUAUUCAUUUGAAGGUUCUUACCCGCUUACAUGAUUUGAUAGAUAAAUAUGAUAAGAAUUAUCAGCUGUCAUGGAAGGAUGUGUUUAAAAUAUUGAAUUCACCAUUUAAAACAGUUGUGGGAGAAUCUGGAAGUAGCUUUUCAUCUGAUAAGGUGCAAUUAUUAAUUGAAAAAUCGUUUGAUACAAUUAAAUUAAUUCUUGAUGAAUUUAUGUCAACUUUACCAUUUGAUCAAUUUAAAUUAUUAAUUGAUACUUUAGCAAAUUUUGUUUAUCAAAAACAUGAUUUGAAUAUAUCAUUCAGUUCAGUUAGUUAUUUUUGGUUGAUUAGUGAUUCAUUAAAAUCUCGAAUGGUGAUGUUUAAUUCAGAAAAAGGUAAAUCAAAACCAAAUUUGAAAAGUGAAGAGGAUUUGGUUAAAUUUAUUGAAGAUCAGCAUGAAAGUUAUGCAUCUUAUAUUUGUUUGGAUAUUUAUUUGUUGUUAAGUUUAGCUAAGAUUUCCAAUGUUGAAGUGGAUAGAGCACAAGUUAGAGAUGGAGCAAUUCAAACAUUUUAUCAAAUUAUUGAUGUUCAUGGGAAAUUGUUGAAUAAUUCCUGGGAUUUAAUUUAUGAAGUUGUUUUACCAAAUUUUUUCAAUAUCAUUCCUGAAUCAAGAGAAAAAGACUGGCUUGAAAGUUUACAAUUGAUACUUUCUGGAUUUGUUAGUUUAUACAGUAAAUUUAUGAUGAAUGGUGAAUUGGAAGGGAUUGUUGAUAAAUGGAAGGAAUUAUUUUCCUAUUUUGAGAAACUUUUCAAAUUACAAUGGAUUGAUUUGAAUUUAAGAAUAUUUAAAUCAUUACAAGAUUUAAUGAAUUCAUUUAAUAUUCAAAAGAAUACGGAUAUUAGGCAAUUAUUUUUUGAUCUUUGGUCGCAAUUCCCAAUUGAAUAUGAUUUGGUUAAUAAUAAUUAUCAAGAUUCUUUGGUCCAAUUUAUGAACUGUUUCCCACCUUUGUACAAAAUAAUCAAGGACGAUUUGUCUGUAAAGGAAGUUGAUAUUAUUGUCGGAUUAUUAAAUAAAUGUGGAAUGUAUCCCAUCCUUCCAGGAAAUCAAUCUGACAACGAAAAACUUACUAAUUUACAAAAUUCUAUAUUGAAUAAUUUAAAGAUUAUUGAUGUUGAAAAUAUUGACAUUCAAUCUUUGGUCAUUCAACAAUUGAGCAAUAUGAUUGUUUAUCCAUUUGGAAUCAGAAAUAGAAUUUCUAAGAAAUUACAAAAUAUUGAACUGAUCAAAUCCAAGUUGCCUACAUUUAUUGGUAUAAGUCAUUUAAGUCUUGGAUUACUAAGUGAAAGAUUGAAAAAUAUUGCGGAUUUUUCUAAGCUCAUUCAAGAUAAUGCCAUUUCUAAAUGUAUGAAAUCAUUACUUGAAACUACUGAAAGUAGAUCUGUUGGUAUUUCUACAAGAAAAGUUCCACUUUGGAUAGAGAGCAAUGAUUUAUUGGUUAUUAUUAUAACUAAAUUAAUUAAUCAAGAUCAAAUUGAAAUUAAUCAAGAAUUGUGGAAAUUGAUUGUUCAAAGUAUUGAAUUGUCUAUAACUUCUGAUGAGAAUAAUCAAGAUUUAAACAUUGAUCAUUAUAAUCAAUUAACAGAAUUGGUAAUUCCAAAAUUAUUGAAGUCACAAAAUAAUAAUGGAUUAAUUAAAGAAAUAGUUGAAAAAUUAUAUGAAAAUUCAUAUCUUUAUAAACCAUUUGAUUUUGAAAUGAGAUUAAUGGAAGGCACAGAUAUUAAUGUUAUUAUAGAUAAUUUAACAUUAUAUAAAUUUAAUGAUUAUUAUGGAACCACCCAAAAAAUCGAACCUUAUUCAAAUCUUAAAAUUAGAAUGAAUUGUUUACAAGAAUUGAUUAAAUUUCUGCAAAUUCAAGAUGGUGACAAUUUAAAAAUGAAUGAAAUUAGUGAAAAUUAUUUAUUAUUAAGAUCAAGUUUUACAUUAAGAAGAAUAAUUAAUGAUAUUAAAUUAUUAUAUAAAUGUCCAUUACCAAUUAUUCAACAGAAAGAAUUGUUAAUCAUUUUAAAUGGUAUUAACAACAUUGAAUUGGUUAAUUCAUCAAAUAAAUCAGAAUUUAAGAAAUUAUACCGAUUAUUAAUCCAAUUGAUUCCUUAUUCUUCACGAGUUCCUGGGUUGAAUAAUAUAUUACCCCAGGUUUUAAUUAAAAUCUCAAUGUAA